GCAAUACAACAACAAUAACUUGCAAUCUUCAUCUUUAGGUUUCGAAUAGUUUUAAGAAUGAGACUCUCAAAGUAUGCUGAAAAGAAGCAAUCCCAAUUCUUGAACAGUAAAUCACGAGAAACUGAUAAACCUAGACGAAAGGGUUUAUGCACUACUUCAUCCAUUCAAUCUAACUUGCCUCUUCCAUUCUCCACACCAACCGAAACCUUUCCAAUAACUUUUGUGAAUAACAAUAACAACUCCAAACUAACAAGCCGAACCAGAGUCAUCUUUCCAACAAGAAACCUUUCCAAAUGGUCCCAAAUCGUCAAUAAUGGAACCUUCGCCCACUCCAUCUCAAAUCUUUUACAAAAAACAAAAAACAAACUUUCACUCAAGGAAUUAUCACCGAGCGGACAAAUUCAUUUUGUAAAUAUGAUGAACAGAGAUUUGACACUAAUGCAAACGAUUGAGUUGUACACUGCUCUGACUCCACACAAAUUCACACUUGCCUAUCGAUUGAAAUUUACAGUUUUGCCUAAUGGAGUUUAUAUUAAUUUUUCAAUGAGUCAAUCACAGAGUGGUAGUUCUGCAAUGGUUUCUGAAGGAAAUGAAACGAAUGGUGGUCAAUCGGUGGUGGCUAAUUCAACUAGUUCAGCACCACUUUCUAAUGCGAAUAAUAAUCAAAAUAGUACUAAUUCUCUUUCAAUUUCUGAAUCAAUUUCAACUAAUAAUCAACAACAACAGCAGCAACAACAUUCGAAUAAUAGUGCAUCAACUCAAUCUGUAACAAGACAUGGUUGGGCACUCUUUCAAAUUUCACGUGAGAAGGAUUCUAACAAUUCAGUGCUGCCCAAUAAAAUUAUUGAAGUAGCAAUUUUGAUGUAA